CAUGCAUCUCUCUCUCUCUCUCUCUCUCCCUCUCUCUGUGUUUGUGAGGAAGUUUGAAGAAGGCUAUGGCAGUGGGAUUAGCAGUAGCGAGUGCUGUGGAGGGGAACUACAAUGGCCAUAUAACUUGGUUUGUCGUACUGUCAUGUCUGACGGCAGGCAUGGGAGGUGUCAUAUAUGGCUAUGACAUUGGAAUUUCAGGUGGAGUGACCUCAAUGGAGUCGUUUUUGAAGAGGUUCUUCCAUGAAGUCUAUAUCAAGAUGACUGAAGACACCGAGAUCAGUAACUACUGCAAGUUCAAUAGCCAAUUGUUGACCUCCUUCACUUCCUCCCUCUAUAUCGCUGGCCUCUUUGCUUCCUUUUUGGCGUCUUUUGUCACUAGAGCGUUCGGACGCAAACCGUCAAUAUUGACAGGAGGUGCUGCAUUCCUCGCCGGUUCAGCCAUUCAAGGUGCAGCUUCCAAUGUUUACAUGCUUAUAUUAGGCCGUGCUCUGCUUGGUGUUGGGAUCGGUUUUGCGAAUCAGUCAGUUCCUCUUUAUCUCUCAGAAAUGGCACCGCCAAGGUACAGAGGAGCUUUCACCAAUGGCUUCCAAUUUUCAAUAGGAAUUGGUGCUCUGUCAGCAAGCCUCAUCAACUAUGGAACUGAGAAGAUUAAAGGCGGUUGGGGUUGGAGAGUUUCCCUCGCCAUGGGUGCGGUCCCAGCCUCAAUCCUAGCACUCGGCGCGCUUUUCCUCCCAGAGACACCUAACAGCCUAAUCCAAAGCCACAAUGGACAAGAAAAGGCCAAAUCCAUGCUGCAACUCAUGCGCGGGACGCCCAGCAUUCAGGCAGAGCUGGAUGAUCUCAUCAAAGCAGACUUAAACACAAAAACCGUUCGCCACCCUUUUCGAACCAUCAGACAAGUGAAGUAUAGGCCUCAACUAGUCAUGGCAAUAGCCAUUCCAUUCUUCCAACAAGUCACGGGAAUCGACGUCAUUGCAUUCUACACGCCAAUCCUGUUCCGAGCCAUAGGCCUGGGGGAAAGUGCAUCACUCAUGUCCACAGUGGUGAUUGGUGUCAUCGGUUGCAGUUCAACUUUCAUAUCAAUGCUCAUAGUAGACAAACUAGGCAGAAGAACAUUGUUCCUGGUGGGGGGCAUUCAGAUGUUUGUGUCACAAGUGAUGGUCGAAGGAAUAAUGGCGGCUAAGCUAGGAGAUCACGGUGGAUUGAGCACAGGGUAUGCUUAUGUGGUAUUGCUAUCAAUCUGCAUCUACGUUGCCGGAUUUCGUUGGUCCUGGGGGCCUCUAGGUUGGCUUGUUCCGAGCGAAAUAUACCCACUAGAGAUCCGAUCAGCGGGGCAGAGCAUUACAGUCGCAGUGAGCUUUCUCUUCACCAUCGCAUUUGCCCAAACAUCUUUAGCAAUGCUGUGCCACUUGAAGUCGGGGAUUUUCUUCUUUUUCGGGGGUUGGGUGGCUGUAAUGACUGCAUUCGUGUACCUGCUGUUGCCAGAGACCAAGAACAUCCCCAUCGAGCAAAUGGAUAGAGUUUGGAGGGAACAUUGGUUUUGGAAGAGAGUUGUGGGCCAAGAGCAUGAGACGGGUAAACCGAAGGACCACGACCCAAAUUCGGCAUGAAUUCUCAUGGUCAUAAACUCGUUUUUUCGUUAAAGUGAUCACUACUUUUUCUUUGGCAUAUUCAGCAGCAUUUGAACACAAUAUGUUCCGAAUGUUUUAAGU